GGAGAAGUGAAAGGCUACCCGCUCCACUACUCUUGCCUGGAGAAGUCCAUGGACAGAGGAGCCUGGGGGGCUCCAGUCCGUGGGGUCACAAACAGUUGGACGUAACCAAGCAACUUUCUUCCACACUGCUUACCCGGCCCCAGCCCCACGCUGGCACUCCCUGGUCCCUUUUCUAAGGGACAGGCCAUCCUAGUCCACGCUGAAGGCGGACGUCCCUCCGGGCCCUGCGUGCAGGGCUCCAGUGCAGCCUUGUGCGGAGGCCUCCUGCACGCCAAACCCUGGUGGCGCCCCUGCCAUCUGACCGAGGCCUGGUGACUGCGUUAAGAGGCAGGUGGGCAGUGGAGGCAAUCGAGGCUCAGCAGGACGGGGCAAAUUGCUCAGACCCCCAGGGGACCGCCCCCAGGAGGCAACACACUUGAGCCUGUCAUCUGUGCUGUCCCACAGCUGCCCGCCUGGAAUGUGGCUGACGUAUAAUCGAAACCAGGGUCCCCAGCACUGUCCCAAGUGGCACUUAGAGCUGCCCAAAGCUGUCUGGUAGCUAUCGAGAGCAAAAACUUCCGUCACUGAAGCCAGCGCCUUGCUGCUCUGCUCUGCCUUGUGAAUCAAGACGAGCGGCUCGUGUGAGAAGGCGCUUGGCCCUUGCCUUCCCCGGUGCCCUGCUCGCAGCUGCUGUAAUUCAGGAGGAGAGAUACACGCUCCAAUAAAGAGAUCCAUAAAGCCGCGGUUUCCGCAGGCAGGGCUGUCGGCUUCGUGGAAAUUGUUACUCCUUUAGAUGGAAAGGCUGCACAUGGUGCUUUACCCAGCAAUCAAACUGUAAUUACAACCCCCAGCGAUUUAUGGCCGAAUGCGGAUAACACACGUGGGGUCAGUGUGCCAGCCCCUGCAACGCCGACAGGUGCGCGAAGUGCCCUUGUUCAAGGCCGUGCCCUUGGACCAACGCAGUGUGGGGUGGACGCGCGGUGUGGUCUGUGUGGACGCGCGGUGUGGGGUGGACACCCCUGCUGCUGAGCUGCAAGCACAGAAGUCAACGUUCUCCGCUUGCUGCCUUUUCCUGAGUGGACGCGGGCCUGCAGCCCCAGCUGAGUCAAGGGCAAGUGGGUCCCUUGGCUGUCAUCCUCGGUUAUCCAUCCAAGCAGCGUGUCCGGGGUUUGAUGGCGCCCUGGAUCCCCCUGAACCAGUUAUGACAGACAGCCCACGGAAUGAGGCAGCGGGCGCGGGCCCAGCUGGAUAAGCUGGCGUCGGCCGUUCUGUUUCGCGCCUUGGAAGGAAACGAGAUCAGGAGGGGGUGCUGGGCAGGGGACGAGGGUGAUGGCCGGGUCCGCGAGAACAUGCUCAGAGCUGGCUGAGUGGCGUGGAUGGUGAGUGCGCCGCCGGCUUCCACAGCCACAGCUGGAGAGCAGGGGGCAGGCCCGGCUUCCUGUGGGCACCAGGGACAUCAGGAGGGCACAUUCCACACGGACUGCGAGACGGGGUCGGUGCCGGAGCCCCGGGAGGCACGGCUCCCUGAUGUGGGGCAGUUGAGGGCAGAAGGGGCGGAAGACAGGGAAAUGGGGCAGCGUGAGCAGAGCAGGGCUGGGUGGGGAGCUCCGGGUGUCAGAGGCCCCGUCACCCCCUCAACCCUCACCGCACACAAAGCGGGCCUCAGACCCCCGGCCACACGGACGCGGGGCAGACGUGGGGCCCAGAGCCACAGCGGUCACUGGCCCAGCAAGACCCGCGCCCGGGGGUGGGGGCCAGGACAGCCAGGUGGGUGGUGGGCGGGAAGGACUGCCGGCCCCAGCCCUGGGCAGGGCACAGUGGCGGGUGUGGCUGGGCUACCCGGGCAGGUAGGGCCAGCCUGGCAGGGCAGCUGGGGCGGGCGGCAGGGAGGCGUCUGCUCGGUCUGGGGCAAGGCCAGUGCUUUCCCAGCAGCAGGCUUAUUGACGGACCCUGGCCGCCGGGAGGAGGCACGGCAGAGGCCUGGAGGUCUGGCGGUGGUGCUGGACAGCCCACCACCCCCUCAGGCCCGGAGGCCUGCGUCAGACCUGCCUCAGGGGCCCCCGAGGGCGUGACCAGGGAGAUGACUGACGCCCCCAGGCUCCCGGGCACCCCCUUGGCGUGGACACCGCCGGCCAGGCCUGUGGGGCUGCAGAUGGAGCGUGCAGGGAAUGGCUCCCAGGGCCCCGGGCCCCUCUUCCUCACCUCGCCGCUGGCCCGCGGCGUCUCAGGCGUCUUCGCGUGGGCAGCUCUGCUGCUCACCGGCCACCAGAUCUACCUGCACCUGCGCGCCUACACGGUGCCCCAGGAGCAGCGGUACAUCAUCCGCCUGCUGUUCAUCGUGCCCGUCUAUGCCUUCGACUCUUGGCUCAGCCUCCUCCUCCUGGGGGCCCACCAGCGCUACGUGUACUUCGACUCCGUGCGGGAUUGCUAUGAAGCCUUCGUCAUUUACAGCUUCCUGAGCCUCUGUUUCCAGUACUUGGGGGGUGAAAGCGCCAUCAUGGCUGAGAUCCGCGGAAAGCCCGUCCGGACCAGCUGCUUCCACGGCACCUGCUGCCUUCGGGGCAUGACCUACUCCAUCGGCUUUCUGCGCUUCUGCAAGCAGGCCACGCUGCAGUUCUGCGUCGUGAAGCCCGUCAUGGCCUUGGUCACCAUCGUCCUGCAGGCAUUCGGCAAAUACCACGACGGGGACUUCAACGUCCGCAGCGGCUACCUGUACGUCACCCUGGUCUACAACGUGUCGGUCAGCCUGGCGCUCUACGCCCUGAUCCUCUUCUACUCCGCCACCAGAGAGCUGCUGCAGCCCUUCGAGCCCGUCCUCAAGUUCCUCACCAUCAAGGCCAUCAUCUUCCUCUCUUUCUGGCAGGGGCUGCUGCUGGCCAUCCUGGAGAGGUGUGGGGCCAUCCCCGAGGUCCAGGUCACCGACGGGAGCACGGUGGGGGCCGGCACGGUGGCCGCCGGCUACCAGAACUUCAUCAUCUGCAUCGAGAUGCUCUUUGCUUCCGUCGCCCUGCGCUACGCCUUCACCUGCCAGGUGUACUCGGAGAAGACAGAGAGCUCGCCAGCCCCCUCAGCUCCCAUGCAGAGCAUCUCCAGUGGCCUCAAGGAGACCAUGAGCCCGCAGGACAUCGUGCAGGAUGCCAUCCACAACUUCUCCCCCACCUACCAGAAGUACACGCAGCAGGCCACGCAGGAGGCCCCCCGGCCCGGCCAGGGCAGGGCGCCCUCACCCCGCACGCCCCCCCACAGCCCGGACGGCGGCCCUGGCGGGGGCAGGAAGGGCCGCCACGUGGAGAAGAGGGUGCUAAUAGCCGCGGAGGAGCUGUAGGGAAAGGACAGGGCGCCCCGCCCACUGACCAUCUUGCCAAAGGUCAGGCCUCCCCUGGGAGCCUCCUGCCCACCCACCUGUGGCCGGUGGAGCGGGUCACCUGGUAGCCCUGCCAGGCGCCCAGAGGCCGCUCCCUCACCCAGUGGGCCCGAAGCCCCAGAAGAGGGCACUCAUGCCUCUCUGGUGACCCCAGGGACCUGCCAGGCUCCCCCGGCCAGCAGCUCAGGUGGCCUCCCCAUAGAGACAGACCCCGGGCGGGGCAGCGGUGGAGAUGGACGCUGGGCGGCUGGGAGCUGCGGGCCACACGGGAGGGCUCCACGCGGGCUGCGGGAGGCGGGGCCGGCUGUGGAGGGAGGGGCUGCAGUGCAAGCCCCCAGGUCAGCCGGCCUGCCAGGCACCGGGUGUGCUGGCUGUGGGUCGGAGGGCGGCAGGGCCCCCAGCGGAGAGCACAGGGUCUCCUGGUGAGCUGCACGUGUUUAUACAUAAACAGCCGGGGUUUCCAGUGCCUCCAGCGGCCUGUGUCCCUGCAGGGUCAGCACUGCGACGGACGGAUCGCAGGGUGGGGGUGGGGGGGGACAGAUGACACCACCGUCCUAAGUCUGGGUGCUGCGGGGAGGGUCUCAUCCAUCGUGGGGCGACCGGCCACGGUCACAGCUCAAGCAGGUGGGCGAGGGGCUUGGACCUGAGAUGUGGCGGCCUGCCCCUCGCGGGCCCUGAGAUCCAGAGCCUCCGCUCUCCUGGUUUGAGGCCCUGUGCUGCCCUGCCUGGGAUGGGUUGAGGAGGCCGGGUGUGGGGAGCCCAGAGGCCAAGGAGGGAAAUGGUCCCUGGAGCUGCCUCCCCAUCCUCUCCCCUGCCCUCUGCCAGGCUGGCAUGCGGGGGGAGCCUGGGACCCGGGAGGGGGAACAGGAGGGGGGAAGUGAGGGCUGGCCCCAGGCAUAGGGGGUCAGCACGUGGGGAUGGGGCGGCAGCCACCCGGGAGGUUGAGUCAGUCCAGUGUGUCUGGGGGAAGGAGGAGGGUGGGGGCAGUGGCCCGGCUGGGUGGGCAGGAAGGCCCAGGCACCACCCAGCCGCGACGCCCCCUGCCUCCCAGUCACUGGUCCUCACCUCACCAGGCAGAGAGCGAAUGGCCGAGGGGCUCGGGGAGGCUCAGCCAGGCAGGAACGGCCUGCGGUGUCUGGGCAAGAGCGUCACCCCUGGGCCUGGGGACACGGGGCUCAAGGCCAGCAGCCUCUCCCAGGGCCCAGCCUGCCUGCCUGCCUGAUAAGAUAGGCUGGCCUCCUCCCUGCCACCCCCUGGGAAGUCCCCACCUGCCUUAUCGCCCUCUGCGGCUGUCAGACCAGCUCGGGGAGGCCCCUUGUCUGUCAGCUGGUGUGGGAGCAGCCACGGGGCUCCCCAGAGACGUGCUGGCCCAGAAGCGAGGUUUUCUGGAGGCUAUAGGACAGGCACCUGAGGCCCAGGCUCCGUGGUGAGCCAGGGGCGUGGCGGCCUGGAGGCCCUUGUCCACACGGACCCCCGUGCGGCGUGAGUUGCCCAAAGCUGUGCACCAGAGGGCCCGUGGGCCAGGCCUCCUCCUGGAGACCCCAAGGUGGUGGGGUCCUGGGGGCGGGGGGAGCACCCGUGUGUGUGUGGCUCUUUCUCACAGACAGCCAUACACUACACAGACGCUACUGAGAAGCAGCAGGCCGGGGCUGGGGUCCAGCCUCGCUGAGGGAAGGCAGGGGGAGCUGCGUGCCCGUCCCCACACGUGACUCCACGGAAGGGUGCUCAGGGUACGCAGGAGGAGCCAGCGGAGGCCGGGCAUGGACUCUCACGGAGCGGCUGGCGUGGAAGCAGAGUCCCUGGGUUAUCAGGUGCCGCCCAGGUCAGGUCAGCUCAGGCAGGGGUGGGCGGGAGGGCCCCCAGCGGUCAGAAACGCCGAUGAACAGCUCCCCUGCAAGCCUCUCUUCAGAGGCUGAGUGCUGACCCACCUGACCCUCGGCAGGUCCGUGGGGCAUGGAAGGGGUGGCAUCUGAGGACGGGUGCCCCACCCCAACAGGCCCAGGCUGGCUGGGCCCUGGCACUGGCUUUCAGGGGAGCCUGCCUCCUUGCUUUGCCCUCCACCCCGGACAGACCCCAGCUCUGCCACCUCCUGUGGGCUCACUGGAGCCCCAGCCAAGACAGCCGAGUGGGCGUCUGCGACAGGGUCUCCCCGGCAGGGCAGUGGGGUCCCAGGGAGCCCACCCACCGCCGCCUGACCCCCGCCCCACGCAGCCCGGGCCGCCCACCCCCGGCAGCUCUGCUGCUGACCCGGCCCCAGGGGGCGUGGUCACGGCGCUGAGUGCCUGCAGCCCCCUCAGGCUGGGGAAGGACGGACAGACGGCUGUCCCUGAGCGGUAGCCACGCGGCGAGACGCCGUGAAACCAGAAAACUCUUUAUUGAAAGGUACAAAAGCGUCACAGCAGAGAUGUACAGCAAUAAGUUAGGCGUGGCCGGCCGGGCGGGCUGCUUCGCACCUCGGGGCCACGACAUAGGGUCUCUUCUCAAUAAUUUAUAUCAUGAUAAAAGCAGCACAAAAAUAAAUAUUGAAAUGAAA